GCAUAUGCUCAAGUAUCCCACAGCGUUUUCCUUCAUACUUACUUUCGAAAAAACGUAUACAAGUAUAAAAGUAUAAAGAAACCAGCUGAUAGCAAUUAUGUGUCUGCGACUAGUUGGAUCUGCUCUCUGUUGCUGUUGCAAAUUGGGUCUCAAGUGCCUGUGCAUUUUCGCCUGUUCCACGGUCGGUGUUAUAAUAAUAGUUGCCUUGGUCUUGUACUUUUGUUUCGUCCACAACAAAUCGGAGGACACCACCACAAAGUCUCAAGCUGAUUCUAAAAUGGAGACAUCCUUGAAGGAUAGCAUAACUACUGCAAGAGAAGCCCGUUCGCUUGCCAGAGCAUAUCUCCAAAAACUAAUAGAACGAAUUUGAUAUGUGCAAAGAUUCUUUUUAAACUAUGAAUUUCUUUUGCUGUAAUACAACAUUCACAUGUUUAAGAUGAAAUAAUAAUGUAUGAAAAGGCAAUAAGAAUCAAUUGAUUUUGGAUGCAUUUGUUUGGUAUACACACUAAACCAAACCCAUUUUCAUCCAAAUGGAGUACUCCUGGUCAAAGCACUUGGCACUUGGUUAGCUUGGCUUUCACUUAUUUGGCCCGCAAACAAAGGAAAUCUGUGUGGGAAAACCGCCAACCCAUCAAAAGCUGCUGUUGUGUGAAAAAGUGAUGCCAGUAGUUAAUGGUACUUUGUAUGCAAAGUGCAAGACAGAACUAAAGCAAACAAAAGGGCAAAGUCAGUGGAGCCCUGGAGCCCUAGAGCCAUGGAGCCAUCGGAAAUGUGGGAGAGAGGUCCGCUCCGUGGCCACGAAAGCGCUUUUGGGCUGCCAUUUGAUUAUAUAAAAUUUCCGCAUUUUUCCGCUGGUUGUAAGCGUUUAGUGGCAAACAACCGACAGCUGCCGAAAUGUCGGCGAGCGUGUAGUUCCCCAGCUGCUGCAAAUAUCCCCCGAUGUCUGUGAUGUGAUUAAGAUGGUUAGUCAUUCUGUUUAAGAGCUUGGCCCUAAGCUCUUCGCCACUAAAGCGGAAGCCGGGGAAGCCGAGGAAGCGAAGGACU